CAGUCACCACCGUUUAUUACCAAACAAGUAAGCGAAGAAACACACAUCUGUCUCAUCAGAUCUGUUCGGUCGGGUCAAACCAGAUCUUGUUGUAUCACUCGGUGAUCGGAGCCACGAUGGCGGCAGCUAGACGAUUGCGCACGCUCCAAUCACAGGCGGAGAACAAGGUAUGCGUCGACUGCUCCCAGAAGAAUCCUCAAUGGGCCUCCGUCUCCUACGGCAUCUUCAUGUGCCUCGAAUGCUCGGGAAAGCACCGAGGCCUAGGCGUCCACAUCUCCUUCGUCAGAUCCGUCACCAUGGAUUCCUGGUCCGAGAUCCAGAUCAAGAAAAUGGAAUCCGGCGGCAACGAGCGGCUCAACAAGUUCCUCGCUCUCUACGGGAUCUCCAAGGAGACGGACAUCGUGGCAAAGUACAAUUCGAACGCCGCGUCGGUGUAUCGAGAUCGGAUCCAGGCGUUGGCGGAGGGGAGGCAGUGGAGGGACCCGCCGGUUGUGAAGGAGUCGGUGUCGGUGAGUAAGAAGAAGCCUCCGUUAGGGAACGGGAACAACAAUGGGGGGUGGGAUGAUUGGGAGGCUGAUGAUUCUUUCAGAUCUUCGAGCGAUAUGAGGAGGAAUCAGUCUGCGAGUGAUUUUAGAGCGUCGGGAGGUCGUGGUGCUCCGGCGAAGUCGAAGUCGUCGGAGGAUAUUUACUCGAGGUCGCAGCUUGAGGCUUCUGCUGCGAAUAAAGAGAGUUUCUUUGCGAAGAGGAUGGCUGAGAAUGAGAAUAAGCCUGAGGGGCUUCCUCCUUCGCAAGGAGGGAAGUAUGUGGGGUUUGGAUCGAGCCCUGGUCCUGCUCCGAGGAGUAAUUAUCAGGGUGGUGGUGGUGGUGGAGAUGUUUUCUCUGUCAUGUCUGAGGGGUUCGGAAGAUUGUCUCUUGUUGCCGCAUCUGCUGCGAAUGUUGUUCAGACAGGAACCAUGGAGUUCACUUCCAAGGUCAAAGAAGGUGGCUUAGAUCACACGGUGAGUGAGACUGUUAACGUUGUUGCGAGUAAGACAACAGAGAUAGGACAGAGAACUUGGGGGAUCAUGAAAGGAGUAAUGGCAAUCGCUUCACAAAAGGUUGAAGAGUUCACUAAAGAAGAAGCAUCAACCUGGAACCAACAGAAUACAAACGAGGGCAACGGUUACUACCAGAACAAAGCAGCAACAAAUUCAUCUCUUGGAGGGUCGCAAUCAUCAUCAAGCUACCAAAACAAUAAACGUAGUUCUUGGGAUGACUGGGGAGAAGAGAACAAUACCAAAAAGGAAACAGCAUCACAAAGUGGUUACCACAACAGUCAUGGUAACUCUAGUUCUUGGGAUGACUGGGGAGAAGAGAAGAACAAUACCAAAAAGGAAACAGCACCAAAGGUGUCUACUUCUAAUGAUGAUGAUGGCUGGGCUGGUUGGGGUGAUAAUGAUGGUAAAGAUGAUGAUGAUGAUGGCUAUUAUCAGAGUGCUGCAGGAGAUAAGAAAUCUGUAGGUCACAAUGGGAAGUCAGACACUGCUUGGACCGGUGGAGGUUUUCUCUAGCGGUAAUCAAGUGUUUCAGGAUAAAUGGUGAAUGAAGUUGUACACUUGAGGACAAAAGCAAAGCCUAGCGCUCUGUCACAAAUAGAUAGAGCAGAGAGUGGUGAUCUCAACCAUUUUCUCAUUAUCGAUUGCUUGGCGUUCAUUGAUCGUCAUUGUUUGUUUCUUCUACACUAUAGUUUCUAUUAUAAUUGUACAAGCAUUACAGAGGGCUGCUUACCAAUCUAUGCAGGUUAGUAUUCAGCUCUUUUUUUUGAGAUUCGAACUUUUUUUUUUUUUUUGAAAAUCUGUAAUGACCACAAAACAUUUUUCCUCUUUUCUAUUAUUCUCUUCUUUCUCAA